UCCGCCCGGACAGCAUUUCAUAAACACCUUGUGUGUUUGUGUUCUGUCGGUCGCAUGAAAUAGCUACUGGACGUGAGCGGAGUUAAGGCGGUGUUCAUUAAUUUAGCCAAAAACCAAAUAAGUGGUGGACGCAUCUCUCCGCAACCAUGUCCCGGGGGUCAAUUGAGAUCCCCUUGCGGGACACAGAUGAGGUUAUUGAGCUCGACUUCGAUCAACUGCCUGAAGGAGAUGAGGUCAUCAGUAUCCUGAAGCAGGAACACACUCAGCUGCACAUCUGGAUAGCCUUGGCUUUGGAGUAUUACAAGCAAGGAAAAACCGAAGAUUUUGUCAAGCUCUUAGAGGCAGCUCGCAUUGAUGGGAACCUGGACUACCGAGAUCACGAGAAAGAUCAGAUGACUUGCCUGGAUACCUUAGCGGCAUAUUAUGUCCAGCAAGCACGUAAAGAGAAAAACAAAGAUGCCAAGAAAGAACUCAUCACGCAGGCGACACUGCUCUACACCAUGGCGGACAAAAUCAUCAUGUAUGAUCAGAACCACUUGCUGGGCAGAGCCUGUUUUUGUCUGCUUGAAGGCGAUAAAAUGGACCAGGCAGACGCUCAGUUUCACUUUGUCCUCAAUCAGUCGACCAAUAAUAUACCGGCUUUACUUGGUAAGGCUUGCAUCUCCUUCAAUAAAAAGGAUUACAGAGGAGCACUGGCGUAUUACAAAAAGGCUCUGCGCACAAACCCUGGCUGUCCAGCUGAGGUACGGCUCGGGAUGGGUCACUGUUUCGUCAAACUCAAUAAGCUUGAAAAGGCCCGACUGGCCUUCGGUCGGGCUCUGGAACUCAAUUCCAAGUGUGUCGGCGCUCUUGUGGGUUUGGCGGUUUUGGAGCUCAACAAUAAAGAAGCCGAUUCCAUCAAGAAUGGAGUUCAGCUUUUAUCACGAGCCUACACUAUUGAUCCAAGCAACCCCAUGGUGCUCAACCAUCUGGCCAACCACUUCUUCUUCAAAAAGGACUACAGUAAGGUGCAACAUUUGGCCCUCCAUGCUUUCCAUAACACUGAGGUUGAGGCCAUGCAGGCUGAGAGUUGCUACCAGUUGGCCCGCUCCUUCCAUGUGCAGGAAGACUACGACCAGGCCUUUCAGUAUUACUACCAAGCAACUCAGUUUGCUUCAUCCACCUUUGUGUUGCCCUUUUUUGGCCUCGGCCAGAUGUACGUUUAUCGUAGAGACAAGGAGAACGCUGCCCAGUGCUUUGAAAAAGUCCUGAAAGCCUACCCUAACAACUAUGAAACCAUGAAAAUCCUGGGAUCACUCUAUGCGACAUCCGAUGAUCAAGAGAAGAGGGACAUCGCCAAGGGCCAUUUGAAAAAGGUUACAGAACAAUACCCGGAUGAUGUGGAAGCUUGGAUCGAGUUAGCUCAGAUCCUGGAGCAGACUGACAUCCAGGGAGCUCUGUCAGCCUAUGGUACAGCCACCCGAAUUCUGCAGGAGAAGGUGCAGGCUGAUGUUCCACCUGAGAUCCUCAACAAUUUGGGAGCUCUUCACUUCCGUCUCGGCAACCUGGGCGAGGCAAAGAAAUACUUUCUUGCAUCUCUGGAACGUGCCAAAGCAGAGGGCGAGCAUGAUGAACAUUACUACAAUGCCAUUUCUGUAACCACCUCCUACAAUCUGGCUCGUCUCUACGAAGCCAUGUGUGAGUUCCACGAGGCUGAGAAACUCUACAAGAACAUUCUGAGAGAACAUCCCAACUAUGUGGACUGCUAUUUGCGCCUCGGUGCCAUGGCUCGUGACAAAGGGAACUUCUACGAGGCGUCAGACUGGUUCAAAGAAGCCCUUCAGAUCAAUCAGGAUCAUCCCGACGCGUGGUCCCUCAUAGGAAACCUUCACUUGGCGAAGCAGGAGUGGGGUCCUGGACAGAAGAAGUUUGAGCGUAUCCUGAAGCAGCCGUCCACUCAGAAUGACACGUACUCCAUGCUGGCUCUGGGUAACGUCUGGCUGCAGACGCUGCAUCAGCCCACCAGAGACCGAGAGAAGGAAAAGAGACAUCAGGAUCGAGCCUUGGCCAUUUACAAACAAGUUCUCCGAAAUGAUUCCAAGAACCUUUACGCCGCCAACGGGAUCGGUGCCGUCCUUGCCCACAAGGGCUACUUCAGAGAAGCUCGGGACGUGUUCGCCCAGGUGAGAGAGGCCACUGCUGACAUCAGCGACGUGUGGCUGAACCUGGCUCACAUCUACGUGGAGCAGAAGCAGUACAUCAGCGCUGUGCAGAUGUACGAAAAUUGCCUGAAGAAGUUCUACAAACACCAAAACACAGAGGUGCUGCUGUACCUGGCCAGAGCGCUCUUCAAGUGCGGGAAACUGCAGGAGUGCAAGCAGAUGCUCCUCAAGGCGCGUCACGUGGCGCCCAGUGACACGGUGCUGAUGUUCAACGUGGCGCUGGUGCUUCAGCGACUGGCCACUCUGGUGCUGAAGGACGAGAAGAGCAACUUGAAGGCUGUGCUCAGUGCCGUCAAAGAGCUGGAACUGGCUCACAGAUAUUUCAGCUACCUCAGCAAAGCUGGGGACAAGAUGCGCUUUGAUCUGGCGCUAGCAGCUUCUGAAGCCAGGCAGUGCUCUGACCUCCUGAGUCAGGCUCAGUACCACGUGGCGAGAGCCCGGAAGCAGGAUGAAGAGGAGAAAGAACUCCGAGCCAAACAAGAACAAGAGCGAGACUUGCUGAGGCAGCAGUUGAUGAAAGAGCAGGAGGAAAAGCGAAGCAAGGAGGAAGAGGAACAGAAGAAACUUCUGGAGCAGAGAGCGCUGUUCCUGGAGAAAACCAAGAACCUGCUCAACUUUGCAGAGGAAAAAGAAAUUGCCAGAGAAAAGAAGAAGGGAGGUGGUGGUGGUGGUGGCGGCGGCGGAGGACGUCGUAAGAAAGGUGCCGACAUGGAUGAGUUUGUCAAUGACGACUCGGAUGAAGAGCUGCCUGUGAAGAAGAAGAAGAAGAGGAAGGGCGGCAGUGGGAGUGAGCCGGAGGAAGAGAGCGAGAGGAAGCAGCGCAAGAAGAAGAAGAGGGUUGCUAGAGAAGGUGGCGACGACAGCGAUGAAGAGGAGGGAGGUUCACGACCCAAGAAGCAACGCAAACCCAAGGAACGGAAGAGGAUCGAGAAGCCUCAGCCUGAGCGCAUGCCGCCCUCGCUCAAAGGAAAGAUCAAGUCCAAGGCCAUCAUCUCGUCCUCGGAGGACUCUUCUGAUGAGGACGGCUUGAGAAUCGCAGAAGACCGGAACCAGCGGGACAGCGGGUCGGGAUCCGACGACGACGAAGGUGGACACACCAAGCGCAUCGCAUCGGACAGCGAGUCCGAGGGCGGUCGGAACCGCUCUGGCAGCGAGGCGGGCAGUCCCCGCCGCUCCGCAGCGUCGGAUGAGUCGGGCAGCGACCGGCCAGUGAAGAAGAGAAGGAUCCAACAGCAGUCCGAGUCUGAGCAGUCGGACAAUGAGAGCAAGAAGAGUCGGUCGGGUUCCGAAGACCAGUCAGCGCCUGAGUCGCCAGCUCCGGCUUCCGAUGCUGGAUCGGGAUCACCAAGGCGAUCGGAUAAUGGAUCGGAACCAGAGGGCUCGAACAACGACGACAGCGACUAAACUCUCAGAUCACAGAAGAACUGUUUUGUUUGUCCCACAGUGCAGAUUUUGUAGAGAAAACAGAGCAGGUCAGACUUGUGCUCCAUGUCAGUGUGAAGAACAAGUUACCUGGGGAUCAUCUCUAUCCCUUCAGAGCACGCUGUGCUCUAUGUCUGAUCAAAAGUGGCUUCAAUAAAAAUCAUGAGAAGUGCUGGACUCCUCAUUGGAAAAAAUAUGGAUUUCAUAUAUUCUGAAUUGUAUAACUGACUUUUUUUCCUCAGCUACUAGUUUAUUUGCAAGGUGGAGGUGGGACUGCACCAAGGCUCAGCUCUGGGCCCCUUCGUCUUUGUGAUGGUGAUGGACAGGUUGACAGAUGAGGUUAGACAAAGAAGCCCCUUGGACGAUGAUGUUUGCAGAUGAUAUUGUGAUCUGAGGUGACAGCAGGGAGCAAGUGGAAGAUAAGCUAGAGAGGUGAAUGGAGGUUUGCCUUAGAACGGAGAGGAAUGAAGGUUAGCCCCAGUAAGACAGAAUACUUGUGUGUGGAUGAGAGAGACCCAAGUGGACAGGUGAAGUUACAGGAUGUAGAGAUCAAGAAGGUGGAGGAUUUUAAGUACUGAGGCUCAACUGUCCAGGGCGAUGGAGAGUGUGAGAAAGAGGUGAAGAAGCGGGUGCAGGCAGGAUGGAAUCAUUGGAGAAAAGUGUCAGGUGUGAUGUGUGACAAAAGGGUGUCGGCAAGGAUGAAAGGGAAAGUGUCCAAAAGGGUGGUGAGGC